UGCGCAUAGCCCAGCAGCGCCUAAUGGAUUACUGCAGCCGCCCUGGCCGACCGCCGCCUCCUGCUCGGCAGCCUCCGGGUUCGGGACCAUGAGAGACUGCCGCUUACAUUUUACAGUGCUGACCCACAGAGCUCACUGAGUGGAUUCUCACCCUGUCACCAGAACGUGGACUAUCUGGUCUUCAUGAAAGAUGCUGUGAUUUUGAAACCAGGUCACCUGGAGCCUGGGGCUAUCCCAGCCCUCUCAGGGUUCGGCAGACCUCGGAGGUGGAGGUGAAAGAGACAGUGGUGGUCAAUGUUAUUUGAGCCGGGUCAGCAGGCCCUGGAACUUCCUGAGUGUACGAUGCAGAAGGCUGCUUACUAUGAAAACCCAGGACUCUUUGGAGGCUAUGGCUACAGCAAAGCCACCGACACUUAUGGCUACAGCACCCCCCAUCAGCCUUACCCACCCCCUGCUGCUGCCAACUCCCUGGACACUGAUUACCCAGGCUCCGCCUGUUCCAUCCAGAGUUCGGCACCUCUGAGAGCCCCAGCCCACAAAGGAAAUGAACUCAAUGGCAGCUGUAUGCGGCCUGGCACUGGGAGCAGCCAGGCUGGGGGCGGUGGCAGCCAGCCUCCUGGCCUGAACUCAGAGCAGCAGCCACCACAACCCCCUCCUCCACCACCAACCCUGCCCCCAUCCUCGCCCACCAAUCCUGGAGGUGGAGUGCCUGCCAAGAAGGCCAAGGGUGGGCCCAAUGCUUCGGGCUCCUCAGCCACCAUCAGCAAGCAGAUCUUCCCCUGGAUGAAAGAGUCCCGACAGAACUCUAAGCAGAAGAACAGCUGUUCCACUGCAGGAGAGAGCUGCGAGGAUAAGAGCCCGCCGGGCCCGGCGUCCAAGCGGGUGCGCACGGCAUACACUAGUGCACAGCUGGUGGAGUUGGAGAAGGAAUUCCACUUCAACCGCUACUUGUGCCGGCCACGCCGCGUGGAGAUGGCCAACCUGCUGAACCUCACCGAGCGCCAGAUCAAGAUCUGGUUCCAGAACCGGCGCAUGAAGUACAAGAAGGACCAGAAGGCCAAGGGCAUCCUGCACUCGCCCGCGGGUCAGUCCCCGGAGCGCAGCCCGCCGCUGGGCAGCGCCGCCGGCCACGUGGCCUACUCCGGCCAGCUGCCGCCCGUGCCCGGCCUGGCCUACGACGCGCCCUCGCCGCCCGCCUUCGCCAAAUCGCAGCCCAACAUGUACGGCCUGGCCGCCUACACGGCGCCGCUCAGCAGCUGCCUGCCACAGCAGAAGCGCUACGCGGCGCCCGAGUUCGAGCCCCACCCCAUGGCGAGCAACGGCGGCGGCUUCGCCAGCGCCAACCUGCAGGGCAGCCCGGUGUACAUGGGUGGCAACUUCGUCGACUCCAUGGCGCCCGCGUCCGGGCCCGUCUUCAACCUGGGCCACCUCUCGCACCCGUCUUCGGCCAGCGUGGACUACAGCUGCGCCGCGCAGAUUCCUGGCAACCACCACCAUGGACCGUGCGACCCUCAUCCCACCUACACAGAUCUCUCGGCCCACCAUUCGUCUCAGGGACGCCUGCCCGAGGCCCCCAAACUGACGCAUCUGUAGCGGCCGCCACCGGCCCGAACUCGCGGCGCAAUUACCUCUUUUGCGGGGGUGGCGGGCGGGGCCCGCGGGGCAACUCGGUGACCCCCUCCCUCGCUCUGGCCCGGUCGCCGCCUCCUGGGUCUCGAGCCAACAGCGGCCGAGACGCAGGCGACUGGGCCUCCCCUCCAGGCGUGCCCUCCUUUGGGUGACUCGCCAUAAAUCAGCCGCAAGGAUUCUCCUCUGUAACCCUGACAGUGCCAUAUACUGCGGACCGAGGGACUCUAAUCUGGUAAAGGUGUCCCGAAGCGGUUCCUCCUACUUCAGAGCAAGUCUGGGCCAGCUGGGAGCCGACCAGAAACCGCAGGCAGAGGAGACGCAGGCACGCGGGUGAGCGCUCACGGAGGGUGCGAUCCGCCGCCCCACGCCGGUCACCCCCUCUCUCCCGGUCCCCACUGCCGCCUGCCGACCCCUUACGGCCCACGGCCCUCCCAAGAGGCGGGCCCCAGCGCCCGUCCCCGAAGCACAGUGACUCGGUGUCCCCCCGCGCUCCCCCCCCCACCUCCUGCUUCCUCCCUCCCCGGUCACACCCUCAACGCUACUCUACGCCCAGAAAGGGACACUCCAUCUCUCCCAAGGCGGAACAAGAAAAAUUCCAAUGGAUCAGAAGGUUUUUGCAGACACUAUUUAAGAAUUUAAAAAAGAUUCCCAAGGGACUAGAAUUCAGGGAAGAGGCGGAGCUAGUUUCGUUCUCUUAUUUACCUGCCGGAGUAAUUUUUGUGGGAGGAAGCAGGAUAACACCCCUGUUGAACUUGAAUCUAAACUUGAAUGCCAUAUAAAAAGAACAAUAAAAAUACACUUAAAAUACCAA